CUGCUUUGAAUAGAAAGUAAGACAAAUCUUUUUGGCCGCCAGCAUUGUGCGCAUGCGCAAAAUAUCCGGACGUAAACAAUAACAUGAGUCGCGUGUCUAUAGUUACGCUCUUGCUCGUUCCCUGUUCAUUAUCCUGAACGGAUCGUGGCGGUAAUGCGCUAAAUUGUUGUUUGUCAGGGUGAAAAUAAACUUUUGGAAGCAAGCUACGAUGACACAUGAUGGAGAGCACCCGAUUUGUUUUCUUCUUGCUUGCAGGAUUAUUACAUAAAGGUGAGUUUAUGCGUCGCUUUUUAACCGUACAGUGCGACGACCGCUUUACAGGUUUUACAGCUGUGGUCCAAACCCAGCACACCAGGAUAGCAGAAGUAGGAAAAGAUGCUCAACUCAGCUGUCAGUUUGUGGCUAUUAACAGUGUCCAGGAGGUCACGUGGCAGAAGGUCUUGGGGAGUACGAAGCGCGACGUUAGCACCUACAACCUCCUCUCUGGUGAAAAAGUGUUUUCACCCUUUAAAGAUAAAGUUCAGUUUGCAUACAGCAAACUUAAGAACAACUCCAUAAUCAUCAAGAAUGUAACAGAGCAUGAUGUGGGAUGUUAUCUCUGCCUGUUCAACGCCUACCCUAUGGGAAAUGUGACAGCGGAAACCUGUCUGAGGUUUAAUGAGCUGCACGGACCCUUCAUUGUUGUCAGAAGAUCCAAAAUUCCUCCAGGGUCACUUGUGGCCUGUUCAGCCACAGGUCAGCCGGCUCCCACCGUGACACUGAGUGUGGAAAUGGUCUGCCUCUACAGCACCAGCUCAAAGACCAACGCCAACGGUACCAUCACCGUCACCACCACAGCUCUGCUUCCAGCUGUCAGCAGCACACUGGUUAGAUGUUCAGUGGAAGUGGACUUUACUGAUCCCAGAAAGUGUCUGAUCACCGUUCCUGGAGUCGGACCGAUAUCCGGUGAACAAUCUCAAGUCGGCAAAUGGAUGGCGACUUUUACAUUGCUGAUGUUGCUGUUGUGCAUAUGUUUUUGUGGGCUCAGAAGGAAAUGCCAGAACAGAAAGGUCACUGCAAAGGAUGUGGGAACUGUCACAGCUUGACGCAGACGAUGAGAUGUGUGGAGAACUCCUCGUUACCGAAGAGACAUCUCAGACCGCGAACAUCUGAAAAACAGAGACAAACCAGCGAGUCCCAUCCAUAACCAUGACAACAGAGACCCAAAAUUUGAACUUGCUUCUUGCUAAAUAACUGCAGCUGUACGUUUUGUGGCCCGGAUCAAUUUAAUUAGAGGCAUUUGAAGAUCUUACGCAAUAUUUUCUCUUGUAAAGCAAUAAAUUAUAUUUUAACCGAUGGUGAAACUGAUCCUGGAGCUGUCAGUGUUUUUCACUGUCCUGUUCCUCAGUCGGUAUAGUACUUGUGACCGCUCUGUCUCUCUGUAACGAUACGAAAUACGAGACAGAUCAUCUGUGAAAAAAUCCUCUGUCUUCUCCUGAUGCCAUCUGGAAGCAUCACUGUUAAUCGCAAUCUUUUGUAGAAGAAUCAAAUAGAAAACUGGAAUCCCCAAUUAGUCCUAAGUGUUUUGUAUCAGUGCAGAAUAAAAAUAGUAAAACCUAUUAAAAAUGUUAAGCGCAA